AUGGAGUCCGAACAGGGAAUGAAUAGAACAUUCAAGGUGAAUGUUAAAACUGCAGACUAUGAAUGCCUUAGCGCAACAAAUGUUGUGAAGGAAAGUGAGAUAAUCAAGGCUGAGAAACAGGGUAGUCAUACUCUGAAGAUUCUCAGAACUGAUGGUGUAGGUGAGUAUAACUCUAUAAAGUUUAAGAAGUUUGGUGAGGAUAAUGGAAUUGAGCAUGAAAUGAAUGCUCCGUAUACUCCUCAACAUAAUGAUGCUACUAGAAAGAAACUCUAUGAUAGAAGCAAGGUGAUAUUACUGAUGGGGUAUCAUAAUACAAGUGCUUAUAAGCUUUAUUGUCCAUUCAUUAAUAAGGUUGAAGUCAGUAGAGAUGUUGUUGUUAAAGAGUUAGAAUUUUGGGAUUGGAGCAAGUCUCAAUCCAACUCCAGCGCAGAGUUAACUUCUAAAGAUAUUGAUUCUGAUUCUGAAGAUGAGUCAGAGCCUGAAAAUGAUUAUGAUAGCGAGUCAGAAUCAAAAGGCAAGAUUGAUUCUAAGGAAGAAUAUGAUUCUGAUCCAGAUUCUGAUGGUGAUUCAGAUUCUGGUGAUCCAGAUUCUGACUGUGAUUCAGAUUUUGGUGGUAGUCCAUAUUCUGGGAAUAUUCCAGAUUCUGAAGGUGGUAAUGCUUUUGAAUUUGGUACUUAUGGAGUUCCAACAUCUGAUACUGUUCCAUAA